UCUGCCUGGCCUCUGCACAAGCCUGUGCCGGCUCCGGUGGCGCACCCGGGAGAGCGGGGCAAGGCCCCGCGUGGAGCUGCUGUGAGAAUUGUCCAGCAUGUCUUCACUAACAGAAAAGGACAGACCGAUUGUUCAGCUGUUACUGAACACUGGCACUUGCCCACGGUGUAUUUUGAGGUUCUGCCGCGUGGGAUCACAGACACUUUAUAGGCAUCCAUACAGGGAUUUGAUGAAGGAUUUAGAAGAAUUUCUGAAAAAUAACCAAGGGAAAGAAGAUAGAGAUUGUUUUGAUGUAGUCGAUCCACCUUCUAAGAGAGUCAGACUUGAACACACAGAAGGGCCUGAUGAUCCAAACCACAAUGGAGCUCUCCAUCAGAUUCCAUUGGUUAAGGAUGAAAAUACUGCAGUGGAGAACUUGGCUGUGAAGGUUUGCAAUGUGUGCUUGGGAAUUCUCCAGGAUUUCUGUGAGACUGACUUUGUUAAAAGGGUGUGCCAAAAGGUUAGUUCUGCCAACUACCAGUUCACUAGUUUUGUGUUUUCUGUGUCACUACCACCACAGCUGUCUGUUAGGGAGCGUGCUGCUUGGCUGCUGGUAAAACAGGAAAUGGGAAAUCUGGGGCUUUCCUUGUCAAAGGAUGACAUUGUUCAGCUGAAAGAAGCUUAUAAGUGGAUUAUUCAUCCCCAGCUGUCAGAAGAGUUGGGUGUUCCUGCUGAUGGAAAGAGUUUGUUUGAAGUUAGUGUGGUCUUUGCUCAUCCAGAAACAGACGAGGAGUGCCAUUUCCUAGCCACAGCCUGUCCAGACUGUUUCAAACCAGCAAAGAACAAACAGUCUGUUUUCACCAGAAUGGCAGUUUUAAAAGCCCUAGAGAAGAUAAAAGAAGAGGAUUUUCUCAAGCAUUUUUCCUGUCCCCCAAGUUCACCAAAGAACUUCUGUGAUGUGCUGGAAAUUCAGUGCAAUAAUGGUGCUAUUUUUGUGGCUGGAAGAUACAACAAAUAUUCAAGGAAUUUACCUCAGACUCCCUGGAUUAUUGAUGGAGAGCGGAAGCUGGACUCUUCAGUGGAAGAGCUGAUUUCAGAGCAUCUAAUGGCAGAAUUCAAAGCAGAUAGCUUUAAUUUUUCUUCCUCUGGAAGAGAAGAUGUGGAUGUAAGAACACUAGGCAAUGGAAGGCCCUUUGCAAUUGAGCUUGUGAAUCCUCGUAGAAUACAUUUCACUGCAGAGGAGAUGAAGGGACUUCAGCAGACAAUUAAUAACUCUUCAGACAAAAUACAGGUUCGAGAUUUACAGCUUGUCACCAGAGAGGCCAUUGGUCGUAUGAAGGAAGGUGAGGAGGAAAAGACGAAGACCUAUAGUGCCUUAAUAUGGAUAGACAAAGCAAUACAGAAAGAAGAUCUUGCAUUUUUAGAUGAUAUCAAGGAAUUAAAACUUGACCAGAAGACACCUCUCCGGGUUCUUCACAGAAGGCCACUAGCUGUAAGAUGUCGGAUCAUUCACACCAUGAAAUCUGAGUACAUAGACGAGCAUCAUUUUCGGCUGCAUCUGAAGACUCAGGCAGGGACCUAUAUUAAAGAGUUUGUGCAUGGAGACUUUGGAAGAACAAAGCCCAAUAUUGGCUCCCUUCUGAACAGAACUGCUGACAUUCUGGAGUUGGAUGUAGAAUCUGUUGACAUUGACUGGCCUCCAACCUUGGAUGAUUAACUUUUCGAAGUUGGGACAAGAAAAAAGCAGCUCCUCUGUCAGCAUCUGGUUACUGAACAUUGUACAGUACCACAACUUGGGUGCAAAGUAUUUCCGUUGAACAUUUGGAUCAUGUUGAUCUGCCAAAGGGAUACCAUUAACUUUGAAUCAACCUCUGAUGCUCUGAAACAGGCCAUGUUCAGUCUCUAGCCUUACUUUAAUUUCUUAUGGUCCUAAAAAGAUUUUUGGUAACCUAGUUUGUUGAUAAUGUGUCUAAAAACAGUUAGGAAAAAGAAUUGCGUGUAACAUACAAGGAGUGUAGUGAGCAAGUACAUCAGGCACACUUUCUGUAGAGGAGUUUAAAAUGUUUUAAUUAAAAUAACCCUCAAGACACUUCUUUCUUUUUUUCUGUUUUUGUUUUGUUAAUUCUUUUCAUAUUGGAUGCUGUAAGCUUUCCUGUCUGGGUGCAGGUAGCACUGAGGUACCUGAAAAUCAAGCCUAACUUUUUUGACCAGUUCAUGCAGGAAAUCCCAGAAGCCUGUCUGCACCACUUCACCCUCUGCUGACUGCCUUUUGGUCAGUGUCAGUUGUAGAGAUAGGCAAAUAUGUCUCCAGGACAAAGUACUUUCCAAAGGGAAACACAGUUUUCAGAAGAAAACUCUGCACUUAAACUGAAAUUUUUCUCACUUAAAAACAUCAGUGAUGCUUCCUCAGUGAUGCUUCCUAGGAACAGCUGUUGUGAUACUUGAGGCCUCAGCUACUCUUUGGCCUUGUUACAGUUCCCUCCAGAUGCAGGGUUUUCCCAGUUGAAUCACCAUAUCUAACAAGAUUUGGAAGUCCUGGCAGUGGUGCACAGUGGAAAUCUAAGGACAGACGGGGAAAACUAGAACCUCAAAGUGGAGGCAGACAUAAAAUGUAGAGAAAAAUGUUGGUACUGAGGACUAAUACAGAGAGAAAAAAAUCUCUGGUUUAGUACCACAGUACUUUUUUCUAAUACCUACCCUUGUGUGGAGGCUUGGAA